GGGAGGUAGGCAGAUAGGUGGCAGUGUCUCGCACAAGCGCUCAUUCACUUCACCCGCAGCUGACGCCACAGCAGGCUGCCACAGUGACAAUGGCCGCAAGCACUUUUCAAACAUACACAGACCCGAUCGGUGUCUCGACACCACGUCUCGUCUUAGUCGCUCUACUUCUUCUCGCGAUGUCAGGAGUCACGUCCGGCGCCACUUCGCCCGUCUCCGGUACGGCCGCCUCCACGUCCAUAGGUACAAGCAUGCCCUCUGCCACCGCCUCGCCUUCCACAGGAGCAUCCGUGACGACCUCUCCACAGCCUCCCUCAAGCGCGCCUUUAUCCACAGCAGACACUACCAUGUCACGGUCGUCCUCACUUGCAGCUACCGCCUCUACAAGCGCGUCUUUAUCCACAGCAGCCGCUCCCAUGUCAUGGUCGUCGUCCUCCCCUGCAGCUAGCACCUCAUCGAGCGCACCUUUAUCCGCUGCAGCCACUACCAUGUCAUUGCCCUCCUCAUCUGCAGCUAGCACCUUAAGCUCACCUUUAUCCGCUGCAGCCACGACCAUGUCAUUGCCUUCCUCAUCUGCAGCUACCACCUUAAGCUCACCUUUAUCCGCUGCAGCCACGACCAUGCCAUCGUCCUCCUCCCCUGCAGCUAGCACCUCAUCAAGCGCGCCUUUAUCCACAGCAACCACUACCAUGUCAUUGCCUUCCUCCCCUGCAGCUACCACCUUAAGCUCACCUUUAUCCGCUGCAGCCACGACCAUGCCAUCGUCCUCCUCCCCUGCAGCUAGCACCUCAUCGAGCGCACCUUUAUCCACAGCAACCACCACCAUGUCAUGGUCGUCCUCACCUGCAGCUAGCACCUCGAGCGCACUAUUAUCCACAGCAGCCACUACCAUGUCAUGGUCGUCCUCGCCUGCACCUAUCCCCUCAUGGAGCGCACCUCUAUCCGCAGUCCCUGCGACCGGCAGCACGCUGGCAUCGUCCUCCGGAACAAGCGCUGCCGGUCCUACACACAUGAGCUCAGUUAGUGGUCCUAAUACAGGGACCACCUCUGCCUCCUCGACACCCACGUCCAUCUCCUCAAGUCCAAGUAGCGGCUCCGGGACACCGACGACGACGACAACGAUGAUGAUGUCCACCAGCAAAGCACCCAUGCCAACCACCACGCCAAUUUCCAGCACCACCCCAACCAUGGCAGCGAGUCCAAACAGUGGCUCCAUGAUGAUGUCCACCACCGAGACGUACCCGGCCACCACCAUGCCCAUGUCCGGCUCUCCAAACACUGGCUCUGGAAACGCCACCGUGAUGAUGACGUCCACCUCCACCGGGAGCAUGGCCAAUAUGACAAUGACAACCAUGGGCACGAUAUACUGCCCGGUCUUUUCGUGCAACUGCUCCGAAUGCAAGGCAAUGUACGCCAGUCAAAAUGCUACGCAGUGUGCCAGCGGCGAAUGGUGUCAGUUGUGGAAGACGGACGCGAUGUACUACACGGCUAACUGCAGCGCCCCCUGCAGUAGUGGCUGCGCCAACGCCACCGACGUCAACUGCGCCGUCGCCUGCUGCAACAGCACUGGCUGCCUUGCCGACACCUUUGCAUCCCUGAUGACGACCACCACGUCCGUGGCAGUCGCUCCGACCACCGCAUCCGUCACCGCGGCGAUGACCGUGGCCCCUACCGGUCAAGCUACGACAGCUAAAGGAAACAAAUGCCACCAAGGGACUUGCACCGGCGCUACCUGCUACAGCAGCUUCAGCAACACACUGGAGACAUGCUCCUCCACACAGCUGCAAUGCCAGUUGAGCCAGCAAACGGUCAACGGCGCCACGCAGUGGACCGCGGGCUGCACCACCACCUGCUCGGAGCAGACGCCGUGCAGGGGCGCCACGUCGCCUCCCUGCCACCUGGAGUGCUGCGACGCCGGCGCCGUGUCCUGCCUGCGGCUCAACGGGACACUUAACCACGUUUCCUCGGAUGCCGCGGGCGCUCGUCUACCCUCGGGAUGGAGCACGACGGCGAUGUGCCUCCUGCUGGCUUUGGGCCUCCUGUUGUGAGGAGGCCAAAUCCAUCCCCCUAGUCUAUGUUGCUGAUGUGUGGUUGUAGUUUACAAGAUGUUUGGUGACAUUUAAACACACACUUGUCCGUUUUUAGCACAUUUGAAGGUUCCGCACAAUUCGACAAAAGUAUUGAAAAGACAACAUGUUACGUUUGGUGAGGAAAAUGCAACAUGAAGCGCUUCCAAUGAUAUUUAGGGAAAUGUGCCUUACCAAUUGAGGUUGGAAUAAGUCUGCAUAAUCGAGAGAAUCAACAAAAUGAUUCAGUUGAGGUUUCAAAAGUGACCAUUUGGUCGAUUUCUUUCCUCAUUGUGUAGGCAUGUCUUGCCCUCGUCGUUUUCCCCCCACGAAAAUACUUUCUCUUCAUUUCUAUCGUUUAUAAAGCCAUGGCAAGAAUGACGUAGCUGUGACAAUAUAGUUCACAUUAUGAUGCACUUUAUGCAACACCAGCAGGGAACGGUUACAAAGUGUGGUCGCGAUGUUUGCGCAGAGGCAUUUCUUUCGUUACUUUUGGGUUGUUCUUAUCGCUGUUUGAAAUUCCCUUGCCAAUGUCUUAGUUGAGAUGACGUGUCGUUUUCAUGUCAAUUUGGAAAUCAAGUCAAGAGUUUUGUGUUGUAUCAAAUAUGGACAUUUCUGUUUGGAAAUAAAUCUUAUCAACCAUC